AUGGAGCAGCAGCGCGCGAUCCUCCUCCGCUGCGCCUCCGGCUUCCCCCUCCCUCCCGGUAGGCGAUCGCCGGCGAGCCUGGCGCCGGAAUCCUCUGUCCGUCUUUCUUUGCUGAUCGAGCGUCUUCUUUCGUGGGGAUCUCGUCGCAGGGGUGAAGAUGUCGUACGGGACGGCGGGGUUCAGGGCGGAGGGGAUGACGCUGGCGUCGACGGUCUUCCGGACGGGGGUUCUUGCGGCUCUAAGGUCGCUGAAGAUGGGCAGCGCCGCCGUGGGCCUGAUGAUCACCGCCUCCCACAACGCCGUCGGCGACAAUGGCGUCAAGGUCGCCGAUCCGAGCGGGAGCAUGAUGACGCAACUCUGGGAGCCCUUCGCGGACGCGCUCGCCGGCGCUCCCACCGCCGAGGACUUCGUCAGGGUGAGGCCGCCCCCCCACCACCCCUGUCUUCUUCCCCUUCCUCCGACAGGAACCUCCUUCCUGUAAAACCAUUGCCCCCGUUGGUUGCCUCCCAGCGCAGGUUGUGUUCGAGUUCGUCGAUGAGGAGAAGAUCCCCUUCGGCGUAGCACGGCCCUCCGAGAUCCUCCUGGGGAGGGACACCAGGCCGAGCGGGGAAGCCCUCCUUGAAGCUGCGAAACAGGUAUGGAGCCCCCCGAUAUUCCUCACCUCCUUCGCCCUUUCUUCGCCGAGCGUCGCCUGAUAGCGCUCAUCCCUUCCUAUCUGCAACAGGGAAUCGCCGCCGUGGUCGGCGCCGUGGCGAUCGACAUGGGGAUCUUGACCACCCCGCAGCUCCAUUGGAUGGUUCGCCGGAGGAACGAAGGCCGGGGGGCGUCGGAGGACGAGUACUUCCGGCAGCUCUCCGAUUCCUUCAGGUGAGUCGAGAAAAACAGUCUGGAUGGGUGGCGACGCCUUCGCUGCUUCUUCUCCAUCAUCCUCCUUCCUGGAUCUCGCAGGCGCCUGAUGGACCUAUCCCCCGAGGGAACGCUGAGGAACGCGUACGAUCCGAGCGUCUGGGUGGACGGAGCGAACGGCGUCGGCGGAGAGAAGCUCGGGGAGCUGAUGAAGCUGCUGCCAGCAGGGCUCGCGGUCCAUGUCAGAAACUCGGGCAAGGACGGGGAAGGAAUCCUCAAUGAUGGAGUGGGCGCCGACUUCGUACAGAAGGAGAAGGCCAUUCCCCACGGCUUCAGCACCAGCGAUGCUGGGAGAAGGUCGGGCUCAUCGUCUUCCUCCCCCCCUCUCACCUUCUAGAGAGAGAAAGAGAGGGAGUGAUCCGAGAGAGAGAGAGAGAGACUGACUGAUUGCAACGGGUGCUCCUGUGUUGCAGGUGCGCGAGCUUGGAUGGUGAUGCAGACAGGCUGGUGUACUUCCGAAUCACAGGAGAAGAAGGAAGGAAGAUCGAUCUCACCGACGGGGACAAGAUCUUGUCGCUCUUCUCUCUGUUCAUCAAGGAGCAGCUCGCGAAGCUCGAAGAGGGCGGCGAGCCUGCCGGCCGGGCGAGGCUGGGCGCGGUGCAGACAGCGUACGCCAAUGGAGCUUCGACGGAGUUCCUCAGGCGGAUGGGCAUGGAGGUGGCGUUCACGCCCACGGGUGUGAAGCACCUCCAUGAGAAGGCAUCUGAGUAUGAUGUGGGGAUCUACUUCGAGGCGAAUGGGCAUGGAACAGUUCUCUUCUCGGACAAGUUUCUGAGGGAACUGGAGCCCUUGAAUGCCGAGCUUGCGACUAAUCAUCCAGGUUUGAAGCAUUUUAGUCAACGCCUCAUUUUUGCUAAAUUUAGAAAAAAAACCCUGAAGAACAGAGCUUGAGGAGGAUUUGCGGCGUUCUUGGGCUGAUUGACUGACUGACUAACUGGGGGCAUUUCUUGAACAUCCCCAGGCUCAGAGAGCCAAAAGGCGGCUUUGAGAUUGUGGGAAGUCAGCCAGUUGAUCAACCAGGCUGUCGGAGACGCGCUCAGCGGUUUCCUUCUGGUGGAGGCGAUCCUGCGGCACAAGGGAUGGUCAAUCGAAGACUGGAACUCCCUCUACCAGGACCUCCCCAGCAGACAGCUCAAGGUACCCUUGAUCUCAACUACGAUCCAGCGGGAACUCCUAAUCCUUCUCUCUCUCUCUCUCUCUCUCUCUCUCUCUCUCUCUCUCUCUCUCUCUCUCUGCGUAUCAUUUUCACUCUCUUCCCCUAACCUCCAUUCUUACUCUUCUGUUUCCCUCUGACCAUUUCUCUCUCUCUCUCUGCGUAUCAUUUUCACUCUCUUCCCCUAACCUCCAUUCUUACUCUUCUGUCUCCCUCUGACCAUUUCUCUCUCUCUCUCUCUCUCUCUCUCUCUCUCUCUCUGGCACUUUAUUCUUUCUCACUCGUCACCCAGGUGAAAGUUGCCGAUAGAAGCGUCGUCACAACUGCGAACGCAGAGACGCAGGUCGUCAACCCACCUGGCCUGCAGGAAGCCAUUGACGCGGAGACUGGUAAGCAGCAGAGAUCAAAGAUAAUCCCUGCCUCUGCCCUCUCUCUCUCUCUCGCUCGCUAAAAGCGUCUUCUUGGUCCCGGAUUUUGGUGCAGCCAAGUACCCGAACGGUAGGUGCUUCAUACGGCCGUCGGGGACAGAAGACGUGGUGCGGGUCUACGCCGAGGCGGCCACGCAGGAGGCGGCCGACGGCCUCGCGAGGGCCGUGGCCCUCGAGGUUGGCCGCUCCCUCUGA